UGCCGGCGCGGCUCCCGGCGGCGCCCGCACCCUCGUCCCCGCGCGGAGCGCAGCCUGGCGCCCGGCCACGGCGCUCCGGAUCGGCGAGUCCUGGCGGCCCCGAGCGCCCAGGUGAGCAGCCGGCCCCCGAGCGGAACCCGAGGCAAGGAGCGGGGCCGGGGGGACGAGCCCUUCCCGAGGCCGGAGGAAAGGACCCGAGCUGGCCCCGCAGGCUCGCCCCGCGCAGACGCCCAGUCCUCUGCCCCAGCGCCCCUGUGCCAAGGGCGUCCGGACUCCGCGGCGCUCGGGGCUCCGCGAUCGCACACGCUUCGCUUUCAGCACCGCGGCCAGCGGCCAGGGGGCAGGGACAGGGAUCCCUACUCGGCCAACCUGGGACGCAGGUGGGCGCGCAGGCUGCUUCCCGGGCGGGUAUUCAGGCUGGCACCCCGGCUGGGCGCGCACGGGCGCGCGUGCAAUUACAGGCAUACUUUCGGGCUUGUCUGUGUGUAUGUGGGUGCAGUUACCGUGUGUAAAUCUGCAGAAACCCAUCAGCGCGGGCACCCGUGCGCAUGUCACUCACUCGCUCACUCAACAGGUAUUUAUCGGUGUCGGGCUCUCACUGAAUCACUGCUGCUUCCUCUGCCCUGGGCCCGGGGUGGGAUGGGCGGCGGCAGCGGGCACCUGCGCCCGGGGAACUUCCCUGGCAGCUGGAACCGCACGACUGACACCUGCUCCCCCUCCCCGCAGGCUGCACCUUCCCGCCGUGAUGAACGCGAGCACCUCUCCGCUCAACGAGUCCCGGGUGGCGGCGGGAGCGGCGGCCACCGCGGCGGGGGCGCGGGACAGCGGCGACUGGGGGGCCCCUGCGGCGGCGGCGCUCGGGGGCCCCGGGGCAGCUAACGCGUCCCUGGAGCUGGCUUCCCAGCUGGCGGCCGCACCUCCGGGGCCGCUUCUGUCCGCUGUGAACCCGUGGGACGUGCUGCUGUGCGCGUCCGGCACGGUGACCGCAGGCGAAAAUGCGCUGGUCGUGGCGCUCAUCGCGUCCACCCCGGCGCUGCGCACGCCCAUGUUCGCGCUGGUAGGCAGCCUGGCCACCGCCGACCUGCUGGCGGGCUGCGGCCUCGUGCUGCACUUCGUGUUCCGGUACGUGGUCCCCUCGGAGACCGCGCGCCUCCUCACCGUGGGCUUCCUCGUGGCCUCCUUCGCCGCCUCGGUCAGCAGCCUGCUGGCCAUCACGGUGGACCGGUACCUGGCGCUCUACAACGCGCUCACCUACUACUCGCGCCGCACGCUGCUGGGCGUGCAUCUCCUGCUCGCCGCUGCCUGGACGGCGUCGCUCGGCCUCGGGCUGCUGCCGGUGCUCGGCUGGAACUGCCUGGCGCAGCGCGCCGCCUGCAGCGUGGUGCACCCGCUGACCCGCAGCCACGUGGCGCUGCUCUCGGCCGCCUUCUUCGCGGUCUUCGGCGUCAUGCUGCACCUGUCCGUGCGCAUCUGCCAGGUGGUCCGGCGCCACGCGCACCAGAUCGCGCUGCAGCAGCACUGCCUGGCCCCGCCGCACCUCGCCGCCACCAGAAAGGGGGUGGGCACGCUGGCCGCGGUGCUGGGCGCUUUCGGCGCCAGCUGGCUGCCCUUCGCCAUCUACUGCGUGGUGGGCAGCCGCGAGGACCCGGCCGUCUACGCCUACGCCACCCUCCUGCCCGCUACCUACAACUCCAUGAUCAACCCCGUCAUCUACGCCUUCCGCAACCAGGAGAUCCAGCGCGCUCUGUGGCUCCUGCUCCGCGGCUGCUUCCAGGCCAAAGCGCCCUUCGGCUCCAGGUCGCCCAGUGAGGUCUGAAGGCUCCCGCCCUCCGCUCGCCAACACCAGGGCCCCAGCAGGCCAGCCUCGGCGAGCUCCGAGACCCCGAGGGCGUGCUCUGACUUGGGGCAGGAAAGAGAGACCAUAGAUGCGACCGAUUCCCAAGGACAAAGAGGC